GAUCUUUGAGGAACCGCGCAAGGCAACCGAAAUUUUCGCCAUGGCCUUUCAAGGUUACGAAAGGUGGACUACGCUCCUUCCGUUUCGCGCUGUGAUGGACCAGUUCAUGGAUGCCCUGGAUGAAGACUUCCGACUUCGGGGAGAGACCAACUUCUCGGAGCUCUUGCCCAUACUUGCUGCAGAUCUUGCUUGCAAGACCGGUGUCGGAAGAGACUUUGGGCUACUUCCGGCGAGAAAUCAAGUGGUGGUGAAGCAGGCGCGCGAGGUCCUACUGGAAGAUCCCUGGGAGAAGUUGAUUGAACUGCUGGACAGCAUCACGGGCGAGGGUGCCACUGUCUUUGACAAGCUGAGGAAGAUGGGGGCGGCGCUCUCCUGGGCCUUCUGCCAGCUUGCCUGCCUUCCGGAACUACAGGAGGAGCUGGCAGCUCAGAUCUGGCUGCACUACCGCUACAUCAUGAACAACUCGCCAGAGAUGAAGCGGAAGCUGGGUGAAGGCAUCGUCAAGCAUCCGCCUUUUGACAGUUUGGGCACAGUCCGCGCAGUUGCCUUUGCCGGCCACCAAUGGAGGAGCCCACGGGAUGUUUUGAUCUUCCCCGCCGAAGACGUGGUCAUCCGCCUGAGUUGUGGUGCUUUCGACAAGCUUUUUCUGCUUGACGAGGAGAGAGGCUCACUCGGGCCCAUGGCUGGGAUGAGCAGGUGUGGCGAAGCCGCCCCAGAGCGUGUGUCCAUCGCCUGGGAAGAAGCUGUGUCUGCCCGGAGCCGUGCACGGCAGGGAGGAAGCCCGUUAUCAGUUAUGAAUGAACUGGAUGGCCUCGCAAAGUUUGCCCGUUUGCCUUCCAUGGGGGUCAAAAAUCUCGCGGGCCGCGUCGCUUCCUUGGGGCAGAAGCGCCCGCUCGACGAGGAGGCAGAGGAGUCUCAGUCCAUCUAUGCUGGAGACGAUGUGCAAGAUGUCGGCAAGGCCGAAGUGGCGCUGCUCGGCGUACUGGGGGAUGCCCAGUCGAAGGCUAAGCCUACGAGGCCUCCUGGUCAACCAGCGCCAGCAGCUGGAGAAGCGGGUGACCCGAGCACCGAUAUCCGUCUGCGCGAGGCGAAGCGCUUGGAGGCCUUGAGCCGACGCCUGGACCAGCGCCGCGCACAGACACGCCGGGUGCAGCUGUUGUGA